GUCCUGCAGUACGAAAAAUAAGUAGCUGUUUAAAAUAGUUUAAACUAAAGAUUAAAAGAAACAGGAAAGGUAUGGCAUCGAUAAAAUGUGUACUAUUAUUAAUUAUGAUUCUGGGAAUCACACUGGCAACAACCGAAGAUACUUACAGGAAUCUAUUAGGACUGAACUUACCAUAUGGCAGAGGAAUGAAUAACGAACUACAAUCUACCAGACCGCUGUAUUUGCCGCCAUGCCUUUGUUAUUCCAAACGCAACUCUGAACUAAUAAAUUCAUUGCUAGGCCUACCAAAAAACAUGAACAAUGCUGGAAAGUAA